AUGGCUUUCUCACGGGAAGGUUUUACAAUAGAUGUUAUCGCCCAAUGGGUCAGGAAAUCAAUUCUUAACCCAUUUUUGAUCAUUCCUAUCGCAGGUUAUCUGGCUGCAUCAUCACGAAGCCACGGUAAAACUAUAAUAUCUGGACUCGGAGCUGGAAAGCUUCAGCAGAUGGUAUAUUUGGCAGCUCUUGCAAGCGUUGUCCUCUCGACAACAGACUAUCUCAACAAAUGGUCAGCCAACAACUGGGUUACCGAUAAAACAUGGGACUGGGACAAUGAAAUCAUCGUCGUGACCGGCGGAAGCAGCGGUAUCGGGGCCAGCAUAAUACAGCACAUCCUUUCCAGAAACCCAAAAGCAACCAUUGUCAUUGUCGAUCUCGCGCCGUUAUCAUGGGAACCUCCCCGGGAAUCUCAGAUUCACUACUUCAAGUGUGAUCUUACCGACAAGCUAGCUCUUAAAAACCUUUGCGAUGACAUCCGAAACAAGGUUGGAGAUCCCACGGUCCUUGUCAACAAUGCUGGAAUCGCAAGAGGAGUGAGCAUUAUGGAAGGUUCAUACGCCGAUAUCGAUCUGACCGUUAAAACGAAUCUCAUUGCACCGUUCCUGCUAACAAAAGAGUUUCUGCCCUCAAUGGUUCGUCAAAACCAUGGGCAUAUCGUCAACAUUGGGUCAAUGAGCUCUGUUGUACCACCACUUAAAAUCGCCGAUUAUUCCGCAACUAAAGCUGGGCUUACAGCUAUGCAUGAGGCUCUUCAACUAGAGUUAAAAUACAUUCACAAAGCACUCAAGGUUCGGCAGACACUAGCCAUUUUUGGGUUCAUACGAACGCCACUCGUUCCAUUCAACCCGGGCCAGCCUCAUUUUAUGAUACCAUUACUUCAUGUAGACACUGUUGGCGAAGCAAUUGCCAAUGCUCUUUACAGUGGAUACGGCGGCACAAUAUACUUGCCAAGACUCAUGUCUCUGGUUACUGCUUUGAGAGCAGGACCUGAAUGGCUGUGGCGCCUGGUUCGGGAGACGACUGCAAGCGCCAAAGAUAUUACAUACACGCCGCGGCAGAAGAUUGAUAGUGCCACAGGGCGUUUCGAACUGAGAACAACUGUCAAUAGUGCAAAAAACGAUAGAAAAAUGGAGGAGCUGUGA